UUGGAGAUAUUUAAUUGGAAUCUAUUCAAUAAAUGCAAGAGUGAGUUCAUAAAUCGCUAAAUUAUAUAUGAUUAAAGUAUAGGAGUAUAAGCGUAUCCUUGAUAUGGAACCAUAAAUCAAAUCAUAACCAUAGGAAAGUGAUAAUAUGGAUAACCUCGAAGUAAUUCCAAAGUAUUAAUUGCAUCACUAUAUGAUUCGGUGAAUGCUUCAUAAGUUUAGAAAUAAGAAAUUUAAUAUCAAAAGAAAAUAAGAAAAGGUAUAACUUACUUCAUUCCUUUCCAUAAUCUUAGGGGACAGAAAUUAUUAAAAACUCUCAUAUUGA